CUCUUUCUUUCAUAUAUAUACUCUCAGUUCACCAAAAAGCCUCAAAAAAGAUGGCGAAAGAAGGUCUUGGACUAGAAAUCACGGAGCUAAGAUUGGGUCUUCCCGGUGGGGAUUCAUCAGCAUCGAAGAAGAGGGUGUUUUCGGAGAUUGAUGGUGGGGAAAAUGGAUCCUCGACGGAGAGGAAUAAGAACGCGGUGGUGGGGUGGCCACCGGUGUGCUCUUACCGGAAGAAGAAGACGUCAUCAAAAAUGUACGUGAAGGUUAGCAUGGACGGUGCUCCAUUCUUGCGUAAAAUUGAUCUUGCCAUGCACAAGGAUUACUCCGACCUAGCCUUUGCCUUGGACAACCUCUUUGCUUCCUACGGAAUCGAUGCGGAGAAUUGUGAACAAGUUCCGAUUUACGAGGACAAAGAUGGUGACUGGAUGCUCGUCGGAGAUGUUCCUUGGGAGAUGUUUAUUGAAUCAUGCAAGCGUCUGAGGAUUAUGAAGAGAUCAGAUGCAAAGGGCUUCGGUCUCCAACCAAAAGGAUCAUUAAAGGGAUUUAUAGAAGGCGUGAAAAAUUAAAACAAAUUAAAUAAGUUAGGGUUUUCUACUUUAUAUAUAUUAUUAUUAUGUGGUACACGUUUUAAUGAUCAUAGAUCACAAUUUUAUGUUUCAUUUUGUUUAUAUUCGAGGAAGAAGCAACUUUUUUAUUUAGUUUGAUGCAUGAAUUGUAAAACCUAAGAAUGAAUUUGAUAUAUGAAUGUUUUGGUAAAUGUUUUGCCGGAA